GAGACCAGCCUGAUCUCCGAUUCGUACUUCCUGCUCCUGUCAGGUCGAGUUCUAUGCUUCCCAAUCCUUACUUUGCUUUUCGUAAAACGUUUGAACUACUUGCCUGCUCUUUGCUUCCCGCUUGCAGUAUGAGAGUCCUUUUUUUUGAAAAAAAUCUGCUGUACCGUCUUGACUACGGUUUUGAAGAUUGGACUUCGAGACGAAAUCACUGUUAGAUUGCUAACACUUGAAGGGAACAUACAUUAACUAUUUUUUGGUGGGCAGCUUUUUUAGAUUACACAUCUUCGAGUGCAGUAUUUUGUCCAAAUUGAUCAUGUCUGCAGCAUCUGUGUCGCACAGUUCACCAGUAAAAACUGUGGCUUCUGAAGUUCCCUUCAGUGACCUCUGUUCAACUUUGGAAAACAUACAGAAAACUAAAUCCAGACCGGAAAAAAACAGGUAUUUCAAAGACUUCCUGGAUUCAUGGAGAAAAUUUCAUAAUGCUCUUCAUAAGAAUGAUUUAGACACCACUGAUUCUUUCUACCCAGCACUCCGCCUGAUACUUCCUCAACUUGAGAGGGAGAGGAUGGCAUAUGGCAUUAAAGAAACAAUGCUCGCAAAACUUUACAUUGAAGUUCUUGGUUUGCCAAAAGAGGGAAAAGAUGCUCUGAAACUCUUGAAUUAUCGAGCUCCAACAACCUCAUAUGGAGAGGCAGGUGAUUUUGCUGUGAUUGCAUAUUUUGUUCUGAAACAGAGGUGUCCAAAUAAAGGCUCGUUGACUAUUUGUGGGGUAAAUGAACAUCUGGACUCCAUUGCACUUAAUAAUGCUGUCAAGAGGAAAGAUUUAGUCAAAAAGAGCCUGUUGCAUUUAAUCUGUCAGAGUUCUGCAUUGGAACAAAAGUGGCUUAUUCGUAUGAUCCUGAAAGACAUGAAGUUAGGCAUCAGUCAACAAACUAUACUUCAGUUAUUCCAUCCAGAUGCUGCAGAGCUUUAUAGCGUGACAACAGAUUUGGAAAAAGUUUGCAGACAGCUCCAUGAUCCCAGUGUAUCCCUCAGUGAUGUCUCCAUCAUGUUGUUUUCUGCUUUUAAGCCAAUGCUUGCUGGUGUUGCUAAUAUGAAAAACAUUGAAAAGUUAAUGCACAAUCAGAGUUUUUACCUAGAAACUAAAUUAGAUGGGGAGCGUAUGCAGCUUCACAAAGAUGGAGAUAUUUACAAAUAUUUUUCACGUAAUAGCUAUGAUUACAGCCAACAGUUUGGUGCUUCACCAUUACAAGGAUCUCUCACACCAUUUAUUCACAAUACCUUCAAGAGCACAGUGCAAAAUUGCAUCCUUGAUGGAGAAAUGAUGGCCUACAACCCAGUUACCAAAACCUUUAUGCAGAAAGGAAACAAAUUUGAUAUCAAAAGAAUGGUGGAGGAUUCAGAAUUACAAACUUGUUUCUGUGUAUUUGAUGUGCUAAUGGUAAAUAAUCAGAAAAUGGCAAAUGAAACUCUCAGGAAAAGACAUGAAAUCCUUCAGACUAUCUUCACAUCAGUGCCAGGUCAUUUUCAGGUUGUGGAAAAAACAGAAAUAAAAACAAAAAAAGAUGUUGCUGAUGCCUUGAAUGAUGCCAUAGAUAAACGGGAAGAAGGAAUCAUGAUAAAGGAUCCUUUAUCUGUUUAUAAACCAGAUAAACGUGGUGAAGGCUGGUUGAAAAUUAAACCAGAAUAUGUUGAUGGAUUGAUGGAUGAGCUUGACAUCUUGAUUGUUGGAGGUUACUUUGGUAAAGGUCAUCGGGGUGGAAUGGUGUCUCAUUUUCUGUGUGCUGUUGCAGAAGAUCCUUCAGCUGGUGAGAAGCCAUCAGUCUUUCACUCAGUUUGCCGUGUAGGCUCUGGAUACACAAUGAAAGAACUGUACGACCUGGGGCUGAAAUUAGCUAAUCACUGGAAACCUUACCAGAAAAAAGAUCCUCCUGCAAAUAUCCUGUGUGGUACUGAAAAACCAGAGGUCUAUAUCGAGCCCUGCAAUUCGGUCAUUCUGCAAAUUAAGGCAGCUGAAAUUGUAAACAGUGAUGCGUAUAAAACAGGUUGUACGUUGCGUUUUCCACGAAUUGAGAAGAUCAGAGAUGAUAAACACUGGUAUGAGUGCCUGACCUUGCAUGAUCUGAGUCAACUGCACAAAAAAGCAUCAGGGAAACUUGCAUCCAAACAUGUAGACCUAAAUGAUGAUGAGCCAGAGAAGAAGAAGCGUAAAGUUUUGACAAAAGUCAAAAAAUUGAUUGGUAUCGCAGAACAGUUUAAGGCCCAAGAUCUAUCCAAUAUCAGCAAAGUUUCUAAUAUUUUUGAAAAUGUUGAAUUUUGUGUCUUAAAUGGUCUUGACCAUUAUCCUAAAGCUGAUCUGGAAAAGGGAAUAGCUGAAUGUGGAGGAUUAGUUGUACAGAAUCCUGGACCUGAUACUUACUGCGUCAUUGUGGGCACUGUCAAUAUCCGUGUCAAAAACCUAGUCACUGCUAAUGAGCAUGAUAUUGUGAAAGCUGACUGGUUGGUUGAUUGUUUGAAAAAGAAACACUUUCUACCCUGGCAACCUCAGUUUAUGAUUCAUAUGUCACCUUCAACAGAAGAACAUUUUGCUCAAGAAUAUGAUAGCUACGGUGACAGCUAUUAUGCUGAUGUUGAUAAAACCCAGCUGCAAGAAGUUUUCAAAAGAAUGAAUAAACCAGUAAAGGAAUUGCCCUUCUCAUCUAUUGCUGACCUGGAGCAUCAGUACUUCUGGGACAAAUCACCUCUAAGUAUGUUCAGAGGCUGCAUAAUUUAUAUUGACUUCUACAGCAGAAUUGGUGACUCCAGUACAUGGAUACGCAACACAAGCUUAGAUCUGAGGGUCUUGGAGCUGCGUUUUCAUGGCGCGAAGUGUGUCACGAGACUGCAUGAAGGUAUCUCCCAUGUCAUUAUUGGUAUUGAUAAACAACGUCUCUCAGAACUGAAAUUGCUCAGGAGAACAUUUGAAAGGAAAUUCAAAAUUGUGAUGGAAUCAUGGGUAUCUGAUUCACUGAAAGCUGGGUGUAUGCAAGAUGAAAAAGUUUACUUACUUUAGAACAUAGCUAAAAAUCAUUGAAAAAUGAGUAAGAACAGGCAAUUCUUAGAGGGCAAUGUAGAGCUGUGCAGUCAUUACGUUCACCAACUGCAAAAUAGUGUCUGAAUCUGUUAUAUAAAUGAAUAUUUUGCUCCUAGCUCGUUGUCUUUAAUUCCAGGUAAAGAUUACUAACAGUCCUUAUUUACAAAACUGAGGUUUUUCUGAAGAAAUAAAACUAUAAUGCACACCACGAUAUGAUACUAUGCAAUUAAACAACUGGUAUGCUGGUUGUUUCAUCUUAAUGUGUUUAAUUAAAACCAACUCUUUAAAUUUUCUAUUUUUAAACUAAAGCAUUAUAAAUCUUAGCCACAAGGAAGAUCAACUUGGGAGUGCAAUAGCAAAGAGUGUUUUUGUUGUACGUGCGAUGUUCUCUUAGAGAACAGGUAAUGCAACAUUUUUUAAACCUUAACAUGCCGGCUGUUAAGCUGUUGGUGUAUGAGCCUGUUGUUUAGUUUGACUGCUGUAAAAGGAAGUAUGUACUUUUUUACCAUGUAGACACCUUUAAUGAGGAUUAUUGUCAACAUCUAAAAUAUGACUGUCCUUGGUAUUGGAAUUGAUAUUUAAUUAACUGAGAAGUUAUUUUACACUGAUAAUAACAUCCCAAGCUGAUGAUGAACCAAGCAAAUCAACAACAUUGUAGACAAAAAGUAACAAACAAAUGUUAUCAAGACUUAAGGUAAAUAAACCAAGCAAAGGUUGUAAGGUAUUAAGAUCGUAGGUUUGAAUAUAAUUCCAAAAGAAAGUGGAUAGUAAGAAACUGGAGGAGAUAGUGUAACUUUACAUAAAACACUCCAUUCUAGUUGAAGUCAUUUUAGUGUAGAAUCAUGAAAGGAAAUUCACAAAUAUGUUAGCUUUUAUUAUCUAAGUGUAAUGCAAGUAGUGAAAUAGCAACAGUUAUUCCUAAUGUGCUGUUUUGAUUCAACAUUUUCUGAAACAAUCGAUGUCCAACAGGAUGCUGGACUGGGCCAAAGGAAACAUGGAUCAGAUUAUCUACCAUGUAACAGGCAAAUCUCAUCUUCUGUUUAUCCCUCAGCCAAUUACCUGCUCAGAUACCUCAUCAUUGCUACCUACUGUGGCAACUAAUUGCAGAAACCACCUUUGAAAAAUUUGGCCCUCGGGUUGCCUUAAAACUUACCCCCUCUCAUCUUAAUUCUAUGCCCUCUGUUUUAGACAUUCCAACCAUGGGAUACAGACAGAACAUAGAAUAGUAGUGCCCUGGACAGGUUAUUCUGUCCACUAUAUUGUGCUUAUUUUGAUGCCACGUUAUAUUAAAUCAUCUACAUCCCUCUAUUCCCUUAAUAUUCAUGUUUUUAAUCAAAAGCCUCUUAAACUCCACAAGAUUCUCUGAUUUCACUAGAACCUCAGAAACCCAUUUCAGGUUCAUACCAAUCUCCAUUUUUUUAAACUUGCCCCUCCCCCCCCCCCAGCUUAAAACACAAACUUCGGUGUUUGAUAUUACCAUGUGGAAACAAUUCCUACUCUACCCAAUCCAUGCUUAUAAUCUUAAAAACCUGUAUCAGGUCUCACCUUAGCCUCGAAUGUGCUAGGGAGAACAGCCUAAGUUUGUCUAAUCUUUCCUUAUAGCGUUUACCUUCUAAUACUGGUGACCUGCACCUUCUCCACAGCCCCUACAUCCUUCCUGCAUGUAGUACUCCGAGUGUUCAAGCACGUCCUCCAACUGUGUUGGUCUUGGGCACAAACAACACAAUUUGCUGUAUGAUGGGAUGUGCAUGUGACAAAUAAAGCUAUU